CGGCGGGGCGAGCCUGGGCCGGGCCGGGCGAGAGCCGGGCGGGGGCCGCUCCGGAGCGGGGAGCAGCGGCGCCGGAGGACGCGGAUCGCUCCCCGAGCGCGCCGCUCGGACGCCGCCGGCACCAUGGGCUGCUGCACCGGGCGCUGCUCGCUCAUCUGCCUCUGCGCGCUGCAGCUGCUCUCAGCGUUAGAGAGGCAAAUCUUUGACUUCCUUGGCUUCCAGUGGGCACCAAUUCUUGGAAAUUUUCUACAUAUAAUAGUCGUCAUAUUGGGUUUGUUUGGAACCAUUCAGUACAGACCUCGAUAUAUCGUGGUGUACACAGUUUGGACUGCCCUCUGGGUCACCUGGAAUGUGUUCAUUAUCUGCUUUUAUUUGGAAGUAGGUGGGCUCUCUAAGGAUACAGAUCUGAUGACAUUCAACAUUUCUGUGCACCGGUCGUGGUGGCGGGAACACGGGCCUGGCUGUGUCCGAAGAGUGCUGCCUCCGUCCGCCCACGGCAUGAUGGAUGAUUACACGUACGUCUCUGUCACAGGCUGCAUUGUGGACUUCCAGUACCUAGAGGUCAUCCACAGCGCUGUCCAGAUACUACUCUCCUUGGUUGGUUUUGUGUAUGCCUGUUAUGUGAUCAGUAUUUUCAUGGAAGAAGAGGACACCUUUGAUUUCAUAGGUGGACUUGAUGCACGCUCCUACUACCAGGAUCAUGUUGAGUUAAAGCCUGUUAACCUGAGGGCUCUGCGGUCAGCGCCCACCUGUACCUUCACUGCCUGGUCUCUGCCUCUAAUGGCCCAGGCCCAGAGGAAAACGACCUCUGAUGACCGGCUGCCGGACAGAUGGGGGUGGCCCUCCACUGCUCUUCCCUAAGAAGAGCUGCUUCUAUCAGCAUCCCGGUCGAAAUAAGUAAUGACACUGACUCUGAAACACGGCUGCUGAACUUGAGUUAGGAAGCAAAGCACCACUGAGAGCACCUCUCUGCAUUGGCACGUCUCACUUCCUCCCAGAGGACGGACCGCGCCUCCCUACUUCCCCACGAAUCCCGGAGUUCUUGGGUCACAGCCUAUGUGUUAUUAGCAUUGUUCACUAGAUGAGUUGUAGGUGACUGGGUGGGUAUUUUUUUAAGUCAUUUUCUUCUUAUAUGAAUACUUGUAAAUUAUUUUAAAAAUUGGUCUUUCAUUUUUUAACAAUAUUUACUGUGAGGCAUGCAAAACAAAAACACUUCGUGAAAACCUUCUACAGUCAAUUCUAAGAGAAACACUGGUUUUUGUAUUGAGGUGUUAAGUCGGUGUUGCUGAUGACCUGAGUUAUCCUAUGCCUGAUGGAGUUUGCAUUAACAGACAUUACCGGGGGCUACUCAAUAUGAAGUUAGAUGCUGUGACAGCUGAUAAAUGGGUGCAAACAGUGGAUCCGGCCUUCAGACUGACCAUGGGUCAUUUUUUCAACACCAUAAGACAAAACAUGAAGUCCUCCUUUGUUCUCAACUUUCCAAAAUGCAGAACACCAUUACGUCAAUCUAAAUUCUCAGAUUCAUGCAUAUUAUCUUGUUCUUCCUGUAUUCUGAAAAGAACAUAUCAUGGGGAGUAUAGAAGAGUAUGAUUAGUAGAAUACCUUUCCCCUUUGGAGGUUAUAUGGGUAUCUCUGAUGUUCAUAUUUUCUACUCUUUAUCCCGGUUCUGACAUUGGUGUCGGACCUAAACAUACAGCUUGUGGAGUUGUGGAACAGAAAUCACAACCAUAAAUCUGCAAUCAGGAAUAUUGCUCUUAAGAUAUUCAAAAGGAGCAUUAAAAUGGUAUGGAAUUCUCUAUAAAUGCUCCUAAAAAACAUAUUUAUACUUGCUCUACAUCAAUUUUUCUUUUUCUUACCCCAUCCCAAUAACCAAGAAAGUAAUAUGGGAAACAUCACUUUCCAGGGAAAGAAGAACUGUUUUGAAAACACAUCAUAGCUUUUUCCUUUCAUAUCUUUCAAUGACUAUUUCCCAUAUCAAAAUAAGUUUUGCUCACUUUGGAUAGCAACCAAGGUGAGGCCCUCUAUAGACCACAAAAUUGUGUACAUGUGUACUAUUUAAUCCGGAAGUUGUUAACUUGGCCCAUACAUCUCUAACAAGUCAGUCUAUAAACUAUUUAAAAUCGUAUGCAAAUUUUUAUGUGGGUAUAGAGGUUCCUUUUUUCUUGUUUUUUGUUUGUUUGUUUGUUUGUUUGUUUGGAGUCCAUAUAUUUUUAUGAGACUCUGUUAAGAAUCAGAACUAAUACAACAAAGUGCCCUGGUUGCUCCCAUCUCAUGCCAACCACUGUGGGCAUUCCAGAAGCCCAUUUUAGUCACUAGCCUUUGGAUUGUGCUCCGUCAGUCAGGUGACACACAUUUAAUCCCAUCAUUUUUCAUUCUACUAAAUAAACCUGAAUGCAAAAUGACGAGGAGCUCACAGGGACCUAGGAGAUGGUCAAAUCCAAACCACCCCUUCACAGUUCAGGGAUCCGAAGCAUAGGGGAUUUGGUGGCCUUGUCCUGAGUCCUGCAUGUACACAGAGGGGCAAGAGUCAUGGGAGGGGGUGGGACCUUUGGAGGGCAAAUGGUAGGGUUUGGACCCAGCACUGUGGCCUUGGAUAGUGUUGGACAUCUUUGCCCUGGAACUUUCUUCAUCUGGGAGGUAGAACUAUUAUCCCUACCUCCCAAUGAAGAGGUGAGAAUCAGAUGACAUAUGAAAAGUAUCCCAGACGCUGUGAAGUGCUCCACAACUGAAAGAGGCAGUUAUGGUUGUAGCGUCAGGACAAGUGGGACCCUGUCUGGAGCUCUCGCCAUACAGCCAAGUGCUGUGAAAAGCCCAUGGAAACAUCAAACUCUUCUAAGUUUUCUAAAAAGCAGCUGGAAAAAAUUGCCAUGUUAAAGCAAUUAGAAAUAGUGAAGACUGAAAGUUGCAUUUCCUAAUUAAAAAAAUAACUUUUGUAUUUCAAGACUAAUCCAUAUUAUUACUAUGGGUAAAGCUAAUAAAAUAUCAAAAAUGUAGAAAGUCAGUAAGACAGAAGAAUAAAAUUAAUAUGUGAGUAUUUUAAACAGUCAUUGCAUUAGCCUCUCACACGUGCACAAACAAAACAUAGUUAACAUUUCACAAAACGGCACCAUACUAACUUUUGUUGUGUUCUAUCUUCAUGUAAAUGUGUACAUACUGGUAAGAUGCACGGGAGAGUCCUAGAUCUUGUCUAACUGAUUUGAGGAAGAAAUCCUUACAGUAGUGAUUUUUUCUAUGGAUUUCCAAUAUAGGCAACUACUUAAUAUGGUA